AUAAAAAUAUGCUCUCUGUAUGCAUAUAUCGAUGCAACAUGUAUUGUGCAUGUCAGUGUGAAAAUUAAUUUAUUAUGUUUUUUUUUUUUUAUCGUAGAGGAAUUUAAACAAUAUCUCAUCCCUUUCGCGUCGAUUGACUUGUUGUGUUUUCUGAGAUAAUGUAAUCGCUCGUAUGAAAAUCGAUAUUUAAAAUUCGACGCGCGCAAGUCAAGUGGAUGAAGAACGUGCGAUGAUCGCGGACGCGUAAUUAAAAACAAUCAGAUAAGCGCAAUUUGAAUUUGAAAAACGCAGCGGCGAACAAAUUGCUCCGAUAAUACAAAACACCUCUUGCGGUCUCGUUUUGGGAACCGCGCGCGCGGUUAAUCGUUACUGAUUUAUUCGCGACAGAUCGGCAUACGCGCUUUCAUUCUCUCGUCUCGGAUAUUUUUGUUGUAAAACAUCGUCGUCGUCGUCGUCGUCGUUCAGAUAUCAGUGGGAAACGAUUCGCCGCGAGAUGGAUAACGUUAAAACGGGUUUAAGCGUGAAAGUAAUUGAGGAAGUGGAUGAACCGACAAGCGCUUGCUCGCGCGCUCCUCCUCGCGCGCGCACAAGACACGGUAAAAGUCUGCAUCACGGAAAAUCGACGUUAUUUUUUUUUUUUUUUUUUUUUUUUGCGUACGACGGAGUGUAUGAUUAAGUAAAAAUCAUACAGGAAAUAGUAUCUGUUUGCGUUCCCGUGCGGUCGUAACACUAUCCGGCAAGUUCCGCUGUUACGACGGACACUUCCGCGCGCGCGAACACAUUAUCGCUAACUAUUUGUUUCGAUGUUUUAUCUUUUGGAAUUGCCGCGACUUUCACGGCGCAUUAGAGAAACCUCACCACUCGAGACUUCUCUCUCACGUUCGUCGCUCGAAAACGUUUUUAUCAUUCACGGUGUUAACGUAAGCGCGUCAUCAAGCGUUCAUCUAACGAGCGUCGAUUAAAUGUCAAAGACAUCUAUACAAUAACGGAUCGUCCAGCGUCCCGGCGUGCGCGCGCGCGCGCAUUCACCGCUCCUCGACCGUUCUUUAACCCGUUUUCAUCGCGACGAGUCCUUAACCGAGAUAAUGGAAUAAUAAAAAAAUUCGUUCGUUGUUUUUUGUUAUGUUUCGUGAAACACAGCGAGUGAUGGCCUUACGCCUGAGGAGCGGCAAGGAUGUCAAGAAGAGUUUCUAUUACGUCUGGUAUCUCGGCGCACGAGAGGCCAAAGGGGUGGACGCGAUGCCCAGUGCCAUAGCUUACCUGCUGGAGCGGGAGCGACUUCAAGAGCCUUUCAAGGUCACGCUGCAGGUGAGCAACAAAGGUCUGAAGAUUAUACAGACGGUUCACCCGGGCGGCUCGACGAGAUCGGCGGUGAAACACUUGGUGCCGGGUCACGCGGUGCUCGCGGCCGUGCAACGAGAGGACAUCGUGGCCGCGACUCUGCUCCUGCCGAAUCCGGCCACCAACAAUCCCGUGCACGUGCACGCGUACAGAUGUGAUUCGGUCGAGACCGCCGAAUUGUUGGGCGGCCAGUUGAAAGCGCUGGCGUCACACACCGACAAUUUGGCCAGGGUCACGGCGAACGAAAGCAGAAUCCGCAGCAAUCUAGGCAGCGACGGCCGGAGUACCAGAGAAUCCGAAUCCUCCGAAGGCAGCGGCGAGCUCAGACACGAUCCGGUCCAAACCACGUCGAUUUACGAGUCUCUGGCCGCCGAGCUGCGGGCGAAAUUAGGCAGAGGUAAUUCCGGUGCGAAUGACGUAGGUCCGAUAUUGUUGCCGCCGCGCGACUACGACACCGUGCACAGACAUCGCGGCAAUUUGGCCGGCAUCGAGUUCAGACGUUGCCUGAACGAGACGAUCGUGGGUGGCAGUUCGCUCGUAGACAGGGGUGGCACGAGGAGCGCGGCCAGCAGCGGCAUCGGUUCCGACAGCGCGGCAACACCACCGCCUUAUCAGUCACAUCAUCCUCUCGGCCCAAGACCGUCCAGACCGUCCAGAGACUCCUCUUCCGACGACGAUUGGGGUGUGCCGAACGAGGAGAACGACUAUCUGCCCGAUGUGGAAACGGCCACGUCGAGUCUUACGUUGCCGCGAUUACCGCGUAGCCCCGAACGACUGCCCAAUCAAGCGAACAGAGGCGUUUCGCCGAGCUGCAACAGGAAUCGACGAGCCGCGGAAUUUAGACAGCGAUCGCCGAGUCCUCAAUACCAACCUAGGGUCAAUCCCAACGAGGUGACCAGUCCCAGAGAAAGGUUCCAAGAUGCAAAGGAGAUGUUUAGGGCAAUGGAGAGGGAGGCCAUCGCCAGACCCGUUCUUUCACGGCAGAAAGACAUCGAGCAUCAUUCUGUUCACAGAGCGGAGUCCGCCAGACAAAUUCAGGAUGAUCGAUCCGGUCGCCAUUACUCAACGGGGAUGAACCCGAUGUCCUCGCACGACGUGAUCAGACGCAAUCAGUCCGACGCGAUGGAUCGUGAAAACGUCUACAAGGGCAAACCGCGACCCAGAACUGACAAUUACGUGAUCAAGCGUUUACCCGAACCGGAGACAUCGCGGCCACGACCGAGAAGCUUCUACGAGAAUCCGGCGACCGGCAGGGAUUUCAGAGAGCAGAAGAAUCCCGUCGAUCAGAGAGACGUGCGAGAGUUUCGAGAACGCACGCAGCAUUCGCGGGAACUGCGGGAGAAGCUGCGAACGAGAAGCACGACCUAUCAGGAGUUGUCCGAGCACGAGAGAUAUCCCGGAUUAGAUCGCGAAAGUGCCAGACCGCCGUUGGAGAUGAUCCCGACACCCGGUAGAUAUCGUCACAGCUACGCCGAGCCGCCGAGAUUAGGUCUAGCCGCGCUUCAUCCCUACUGAUGCAUGAGUAGCGAUGCGUUAGUAGCUUGUUAACUGAUGAAUUAUUUAAUUAACUGACACACAUAUCGCGUUAUAUCGUAUUAUUCAUACCUCCGUCGUCGCCUUGACCGUUCAGUGUGUUUCACGAUUAACGGUCUUUAUUCCGCCUUCGUGUAAUAUAACGAGGGAAGAGAAAGGAGAGAUCGAGGAGUGCGAUAUGUAUUUUUUUUUCUCUUUUCUUUCUUUUUUUUUUUUUUUUUUGACUCGAGAACGCUAACGGGAAAAAGCAUUUUUUAAUUGACGUUAAUAUUGUUACAUCCUGGCCCAUAGAUACGGGCUAUGGGUGACACGCAACAGCUGGACGUAUUUGUACGAUGCUUGGCACAGAGAAAACGGGAAUCCAGCUGUGUGCGAGAGUCGAGCGAGAUUGUUUAUAUUCACGGACGGGUCAACGGCACGCGCCGAUGUUAUUCAGUCCCAUGAAGCCUCACUCGAUGUGGUCUCCUUUUUAAGUCUGAAGCGUUUGCUCUACGGACUAAGGACGGGACCUUAGUGAGGAUCGUUGAGAAUGGGAAUGUGAAAAGUUGAUGUCCUUUGAAGAAGAGUUAGUUACGAAAAAUAUUUAUUCGCGCGUUAAAAUUAGUUAAUAUACAUAUUUUAGUUGACGUUCGUGGUGGCUGAGAGAGAGUGUCACGUGGGACGCGAAAUUUACAAAGACGGCGGGUCAUCACUUAAAGACCGGAAAAGAUGUAUGUAUGUAUGUGUGGGUGUGUACGUGUUUAGAGCCUCUGAUGGUCCUUGGCAGAUGAAUGUGUCGACGUACGUGUGUGUGUGUGUGUGUGACCGACUCGUGGCAAAAAAAGGCUAAAUCCAGAGAAUUUUUGAUUGUGAGUCAAAAUUCAGUGUCUUGCGAGAGCUCGCAUCCUUCGUUUCUUUGUUCUAAAAACUUCUCUUCCGGAGAUAAGAAGAUUUAUUAGUUUUACUUAUCAAUUUCCUGGCACAUGUGAAUUGUUAGUCCAUAUGCCUGGCAUUUGUACGUUCGGCAUCGAGGCUUGUCUCGAAUAUAAUUGUUUCCCCGGCUCGUUAUUUCACUGAUACGCGCGGCUUUUAGUUUCGUGUGCGGACGAUUUCCAGCAUCGCGUGGUUUCGUCGGAUUGAUCUUCUGCUCUCCGUCAGAGAAUUUUCUUUUGUCGACAUCUUAUCUGUUCGCUACAUUGCGUUGCAUAAAGAAGAAAAUCGUCGCAGGGAGUCGCAGGACAACGUAACAAUAUAUUAUUUUCUUUUGGCUGCUCGCGUGCAAAAAGUUUGCUGCGACGUGCAACUUGACCGUUAUUGAAAAAUACGAUAUCACUUGCAACAGAGUUACUGAAAUUGUUUGUUCACUCUCCUUUCUUUCCGUCCGUGGCGCGUUUUGAUUGAAAGAAAAUUCAUUGUUGAUAGAUGUGCAAUGAUAUAAUUACACGGAUGAUUUUAUUCACCCACACAUUGUGCCACUGAACAGUCAAUGUCGAUCAAUAGAAGAGUGUACAUGUAUGUAAUGUGAAAGAAGCUUUGUAUGUGUAUCGCAUUUUCGAUGAAUUUUCACUUACAUAUGACUUUUGCGUAUCGUUGUUAUCGAGUGUUACGAACUGGAACUUGACCUCGUUGACGAGAUAUGAUACUGAUGAAGAAGAAACAAAUCGAAUUUUUUAACGAUAUUCCGAUUACUAUAAUUGUUAUGCGUCAGAUGCCAGACUAACAAUACAAUAAUAAUAAUAAUGAUAAUAACAAUAAUAUCGAUAAUAUAACAGUAUCGUAAUAAUAAUUGUAACAACAAGUUCUCGUACUUUUUAUUUGUUCCCUGUGUAACACGUGGCGGAGAAUAUACAAUGUUAAUUGAGAAUAGAUUAAAAAAAAAAAUAAAUAAAUUUAGAAAUGAAAUUUAUCCAAGAAGGCAUUGUAUUUCACUGACUAUAUGUGCUUUUGUUCA